GCUGCUGCUGCUACAAUCAAAAUCACGAAUGGGAAGGCUAUUCACUGGUUUGUUGCGCUUGCCCGCGUGACCUGGACGCUCACGCUUGCCCUUUUGAAGGAAGGCUAACCCAAAAGUCUUUCGUAAGCAGCACAUUCAUCAUCUAACGAGUUCAAGACUCUGAGCGGCGCUCUCUCCUCGCACCUUUGUUUGCGAUAGAGAGUACGGCUCCUUGCGGGGUGCUGACGCAGCAAAGAAGCGCAAACUGCCAUCUUCCAGCGUCUCUCCUCGACAUGGCGGCGGAAGCUGCACCUGUGGCCGCAACGGCGACUGCGACAGAUCCUAGGACGGCACACUCCGCAGAGCAGGCAAGUCCGAAUGGAGUCGUCAGCAAUGGCGUCAUCCAAGACGAGGACGCAGCGUCGGCGGCCGCGGCCGCGGCGAUGGAUGAAGAUGCACAACCCUUCGAAGUCGCCUUGCGCCUUCCGGCUAGACCUCUGUUGCCAGCGAAUGCUGCGGCAGAAGGGUUGCCCGAAGUCCCUAGCCCCCUCAGGGUAGCAGUGACGGCGCAGGAAACGCUCAAUGACCUUCGUCUUACCAUCACCGACAGUCCCGAAGGCUACUGGCUGGGUGCCUUCUGCUUCAGAAGGCCCGCGAAUGCUCACACCAAGGCGAACGGCAAAGUCUCAGGUGACGACGCUGAAGCAAAGCUGGGAGAAAGGCUGGGCGAAUGGAUAGAGAUGAAGGAAAUCUUUAGGGACGUGCCCAAGGAGGAACGUGAGCUGUACGUCGCUCAUGUCCCCUUCAACGAGGCGGAUGCCAGAGCACACGUGCAGCGGCUCAGAGAGCUGCUCUCGAGCGGCCAGGCGGAUCCCACAUCGCUCGGCCUCGACGGCGGUAUCAGCGUUCAAGACUCGAUUAGGAACCCGCAACUCUGGCUGGACGAGGCAGCUUCGAGCGCGCCCGUUGCAAAGAGCAAGGGAAACAAGCAGCAACAAGCAGCCGCAGCGAGCGCAGCCGCAGCGGAGGCCCAAGCUAGAGAGGCUCUCACCAGGACGCCAUUCUUGGAUGGCGCGGUGGAUGCGACUGUGGGAGCAUUGACCAGCUUGAUGCCGGUCCAAGCUCGUGCGGCGAGGGCAUUUCCUACUUGCUUAAAGAGCCUGGCUGUCUCGCAUUGGAGUCCGCCCCCUCACCAUCUCCGCGUGCAGCAGGGUCAUCUCCUCUAUCUGCAGGUCGACACGCUAGAGGGCGAAAAGCUGUUCAUCACCUCCACCACGCAAGGUUUCUACAUUAACCGCAGCACAUCAUUCACCUUUGAUCCCAGCCCUCGAGAGGAGCACUUUGCCUCUGCAAGCCUGUUUGACGUCCUCUGCGGCUUCUCCAAAAGCUUCCUCAGCAACUUUUCGAAGCUCUUCAAGGACCCCGUCUCGCAGAGAGACUACUUCGCCGUCGUGCCCUUGAGCAAUUGCCUACCUGCCCACCCUUGGCUUGCCAGAUCCAAUCCGCACCAUGCUGAUCUGCUGCGAAGCCAAGCUGCGUACCUUGUCACGGGUGCCGUCUCUGCCGACACCCUCGAUGGCACGCGCGACUGGAACGACGAGUUGCAGAGCACGAGGGAAUUGCCGCGCACCACGCUCUCCGAACGCCUAGUCCGCGAUCGCGUGCUGAACCGCGCGUAUGCUGAUUUCACCCUCGCUGCCGUCAGAGCUGUGCCUCGCGUGGCCCUCGGAGAGGUGCAAGCUAUGAACCCGAUGGACAAGCCGGAUGCGAGAAUGUACCUGCACAACAACCUCUUCAUUUCCAAGGGCGCUGAUGGUGUCGACAUUUACACCCAUCUUGGAGGUGACGAAGCUGCGCACGUGGCCGUCAGCAAGGACCUUGCGGGGAUCCGAGCUCUCAACCAGCUGGAUCUCGAUGGACUUUGCCUGCUCGGCACUGUCGUCGUCGAUUGGAAGGGCGAGAGAUGGGUCGCUCAAAGCGUCGUACCUGGCUUGUUCCGAAGAAGAGAUGACGACGAAGCUUUACUCGCAGAGAGUGAAGAGCCUGGCACCGCGCCCGUGCCUGCACAAAAAGCAACUUCAAACUCCUCCAAGCCCGCCUCAGCUUCACGAAUUGACCCCAAAGAAGAUACGCAGGUGGUGUACGGCGGCGUCGAGGGACCGGAAAUCAUCCGCACCGACCCCGUCUUUCACAAAGUUUUCGGCAAGAUUGCCCGCACGCUUCAUCUGGCUGAGCACAAGGUGCCGGACGCGGAGCAGCACUCAAAGAGCCUGUGGUUGAGCGUCGACUCAAAGGGCCUUCGAGGCGCCGAUGGACGCAAAUACGCGCUCGAUCUGGCUCGCUUGAGCCCACUCGACGUCGAGUGGCUCGAGCGUGACUAUGAAGGCGAUGUCAUUGCCGACGACGCUGCAGAGAUCGAUGGAGCGACUAAGACCUACCCUCAUCGCAUGACGCUCCUUAGGCAAGAGUUGCUGGAAGUCUUUUACCACAGCGAGUUCCGCAAGUGGGCCAAGGAACAGGUCGCUGCGCGUGGGGACAGCGAAGACAAGCCAUCGAUCGAAGAGACGGAUGCGGCGCCUCAGAUCGACGCUUCCGAAUUUCAGCUGGCAUUCAACCCAGACGCGUUCGUCGAGUUCAAGCUGCCCGAGACUGAGGGGGCGGCGAAAGUGGAAGCUCCAUCCGCGGCAGACGGCUCCGUGCAGGCGCUCAUUGCCGAUGAGUCGGAAGCUAGCGUGGCUGCCGUGCGGGCGGCCAGUAGGUACCUUCGGGAUACUGCCAUACCACGUCUCGUCACGGACGUGGCCAGCGGUCUCUACGCUGCGCAAGACGGCACCACGCUCACGAGGCAGAUGCACAGCAGAGGUAUCAAUGUUCGGUAUCUCGGUCACGUUGCACACCUUUGUCACCCUACGCAGAGGAGCAGGCUGGAUCAGUCAUUGCUCUCCAAGGCUGGACCUGGCCACGAAGGCUUUUUGAAGGCGUUUGCGUCGAUCGUGACGCAGGAGAUGGUCAUUCGAGGUGCUAAACGCGUGCUCCGGGCCCUCCUGAAGCCCCUUCCAGCAGACCAGGCACCCUCGGCCAUUUCUCACUUUCUGAACUGCUUGCUGGGUGCUGCUCUCGAAUCAAAUCCUCGGGCAGUCUGGCAAAAAUCGCCUUUUCAUGUUGCGGCGGAUGCUCCGCCCGCUUGGAUCGAAAUCACUCCUCACUCUGUGGUCGCGGAUGUCCGCGCCGAAGUUCGUCGACGGUACAGGUACGGGCUAGCAGCUGACUUUUUCGAAGCGAACUUCAGAAAAGCUCCGGCGCUGCGCGAAUUAUCUCAGCGUUGCGGUUUCCAGCUCAAGCUGCAAGAGUAUAGCUUUGAGCGUGCAGACAAGCCGCUCGUGAAUGGUCAUGCGAAUGGCGCGUCGGAAGAUUCUCAGACCGAGGCGGUGACGUCUUCUGCUGCGACAGGACCGGCUCCAUCAGGCAAAAAGAAGAAAAAGGGAACAUCGCCUGAGACUAAAAUCGUGCCUGGCUUCACACCGGCUCGACGAGGUCCCAAACUCACGACUUUUGAGCCAGAAGACAUUUUGCACCUCUUGCCCGUCGUCAAGGACUCGACCCCAAAAAGCGUCCUCGCGGAGGAAGCCUUUGAAGCUGGUCGCGUGUCCAUCAGUAGAGGCGAUAUCAACCUCGGAGUAGACCUGCUCAUCGAGGGAAUCGGAUUUCACGAGCAAGUCUACGGCUUGGUGCAUCCCGAGGUUGCCCGCUGCUACUCGCUUUUCGCAACGAUUGUGCACCACUUUGCCAGCUUGCAGGCAGUCGAGCAUGACCAGCGCGUCAGGCAAGCCGUCGCAGAGGGCAAAGAGCCGCCUGCUGCGCCAGAGACCAACGAGCAUCUGACGUUGGAGAAUGCGGUGAGGUAUCAGCGACAGGCAGUCACGCUCAGCGAACGCACCUUGGGGUUGGAUCACCCCGAGACGCUGACGCACUGGCAGAAUCUGUCGGUGUUGGAGCGAGCAGAGGGAAAUACGGAAGCUUCGCUGAGGUGCCAGCAGCGCGUCUUGGAGCUGUACAAUUUGGUCUAUGGUCCGAAUCACCCGGACACGGUCAACGUCCUCAACAACAUUGCCAUGACGCUUCAGGCUGCCAGGCUGUUCGAACCCUCCCUCAAAAUCUACACGGCAGCGCACGAGCUGGCGCUGAAGCUGCACGGAAGCGAGUCCAUACACACUGCCAAUUUGGCUCACGAGCUUAGCCAAGCCUACACGCUCUGCGGAGACCUGAAGAAUGCUCUCAAUGUGGAGAAGGAAGCGUGUCGAGUGUUCGAAGCUAGGUUGGGCAAGGAAGAUAGUCAGACGAAGGAGUCGGAGCAAUUCUUGCAGAGCUUGACCACAUCUGCUGUGCGUUUUGCCAAGAUGGAAAAGGAGCGAGAGGCGGCCGCCCUAUCGUCUGGACGAGGAGCGGUCAGAAGAGGCAAUGCUUUGGGUGGAUCUCUGCUUGCGGGUGGAGCUCCGCGCCAAGCGACGGUUGCGGGCGGAUCGGCCCAGAGACUGUCAACAAACAGCGUGGUGAAUGCAGCGGCGGGUGCACCGCCCAGCACGGCACCGUCCGGCGCUGUGCCUUCUACGAGCAGCAUCGACGAUAUUGUCGCUUUCAUUCAAGGAGGAUCAAGUAGCGCCAAGGGCAAGGGAAAGUCCACAGGGGGCGCGAUGAAGAGGAACCGGAAAUAGGCGCGAGGAGGCAGACGCACACAAAAAGGAAUUCGGUAGCGAGUGUCGCGACCAAGAAGAAGACGCUACUUUUGUUUUCACCACUCUUACAUAACCAAAAAAGCUCCCCAAAGGAGCGCGCACGUUGGGGCCUUCCUCUAGUCAUUGCAGACCCUUCACGUUAUAAUGCACUCUCUCAGCACACACUUCUCCCCACUCAUAUCGGCGAUUGCAAUGAGACAUUUUCCCCUACGUGAGGCUUGGCG